ACCUAGGGUCGCUUCAAGCCAAUGUUUUUAGAUCGUUUCUUAUCCCAGGAACUUCAGGAAGCAAGAGCCAGACAGUUUGAUGAAUUAGUUCAAGGGACUAUGAUUGUUGAGCAUUAUGCUGCAACAUUUGUGGAGUUGUCUCGCUUUGCAAGUUAUUUGAUUCCAGAUGAAGUGAAGAAGGUAGCAAAAUUCGAGCGAGGACUACAUCUGAGAAUUCGGAGUCGCUUAAUACCACUCAGGAUCCGUAAUUUCAUCGACUUGGUCACUCGAGCCACUCUUGUGGAAGAAGAUAUGAAGGCGAAUGCAGAGCUUUUCAAUCAGAAGAAAUGCCAACCACCACUACUAGUGCCUAACAAAAACAAGAAGCCUACUCCAAGUAACCGUCCAAGGCCAUCUCAGGAUAAUCAGUCCAACCCAGUUUACAAGAUUUGCAAAAAAAUGCAUUUGGGAAACUGUUUGUUGGGACAUAAUGCUUGCUUUAUGUGUAGAGAGCCAAACUAUAUGGCCCAAGAUUGCCAGAAAAAGAACACAUUAGCUCCAGCUAAAGGAAGUGGGCAGAGGGCUACAACACCACCUAAAUGUGGUUAUAGAUGAUGAAGGUGUUGAUACAUAGUAGGAGUGCCAAGAGUAGAUUAUACUCCUAAAGACUUAGACCUUGAA